AGGUGUUUCGAUUGAGUGGUUUGGGCAUCAUGGCCGCCGAUUCUGGAGAUACUAUUUUCGGGAAAAUAAUUCGCAAAGAAAUUCCCUCCGAUUUUCUUUACGAAGACGACCAGUGCAUUGUGAUCAAAGACAUAAGUCCACAAGCUCCUGUUCAUCUUUUGGUUAUUCCAAAAAAACCGAUCAUUGGUCUCUCAAAAGCAGAUGAAUCUGAUAAACAGCUUCUUGGUCAUCUGUUAAUUGUUGCUAAAAAAGUUGCUGCUAGCCAAGGUUUGGACAAUGGGUAUCGUGUGGUGAUUAAUGAUGGAUCGGAUGGCGGUCAGACUGUCAUGCAUCUACAUAUACAUGUGCUUGGAAAACGACAGCUCGUCUGGCCACCGGGAUAAAUCCUUUGUAAAUACAUUUUAUUAAUGUAAUGCAAUAAAACACUAAAAAAUAA